GGUGCAGCUCUUGACAGAUUUGUAUACGUUGACGAGGCGACUUGCAUCGGGUGUACCAACUGUGCCACCGUUGCAAGGAGUACUUUCUUCAUGGAGCAGAUGUAUGGCAGAGCCAGAGCUUUCAGACAGGCAAGCUUUCUUUCAGGAGGAGACAGCGAGGAUACGAUUGCGGAGGCAGUGGCAACUUGCCCUGUAGACUGCAUUUGGUACGUGUCGUGGGAUGACCUGGUUGCGCUAGAGACCGAGAGGAAGUAU